AUGAGUACUCUCGUGGUGAUGGUGGGCGGGUGUGGCAAUUAUCUUGGAAGCGAGGUGUUUGCUGCAAUCCAUACUGAGCUGCGGAGAGCUGUAUCCGAAGGAGACAACACCACUGCCGACUCUUUGCGUCGGCGAUUCUUCACCGGUGACUCGAUGGCAGCGUGCGGGGACUUUCUGAAGGCCAGAAGCCUCCUUAUAGACAUGGAAGCUAAGACAGUUCAAAAUUGUCUCCUUCGUCAGCCCUUGCCAAUUAACGGCGAGCGUAGGGGAAAAUGCUCCGCGGGGAGAGGCAUUCCCAAGCUCAACACAGGCUUAACAGACCCAGGAUGGUAUUGGGACCCAAAAUUUGCAUACUGGAAGCAAGGAGGCUGCGGGAACAACUGGGCACUUGGCCACGAAUUUCAGGGUCCCUCAAACCGUGAAAGCAUGGAGCAUCUGCUCCUCAGCCUUGCCGAGGAAGGGGACAGCGUCAGCUCCAUUAUGGUGCUCCACUCGCUGGCAGGUGGGACGGGUUCGGGGGUUGGUUCGUACCUAACGGAGUUAUGCGCUGACUUGCUGCCGGCGAGCUGCAUCGCUAGCUGCUGCGUAUGGCCCUUCGACGCUGAGGCUGUGCCGCGCAAGGUGGGCACUGUGGUGCUUGAGGCUCUCAGCGACGGUAUCUUCAUUUUUGAAAACUCCCGAUGCGCCAAGAUCCUGCAAAGACACGCAAUGUCGAGCAACACACGUACGGCAGCGGGUCUCUCUGAAAUAAAUCGCUGCAUCGCACGUGAUCUUGUGGGUUGUUGCAUCCUUCCAUCCUACCCGUGGGUCCCUCGAAGCAAGAACCCUUCACCGGGUUCAUCUAGGCAGUCAAACGGGCCCAGCGGUCCACAGCAGGUUCCUUCACCUGCUGGUCGAGGAGUGUCCGAACGCGAUGCAGGUGUGGCACUCCGCUGCACCAUGCGAGACGUGCUGAUGGCAGCAGCUCCGCAUCCAGCCUUCAAACUGCUGACGUGUCGGUACCUUCCCCAGGGCUCUCUGGCGGAGCAGAAUGGAGUCCGUUUUGCCCCAUACACAUGCACAUCCUUGCUUCACCGGCUGGAGCGCAUGUUCACCAGAGCAGAUACUUUGGACCUACUUGCCCCUCCUAGCCCCUCAACACCCUCCAGUCACCGACAAGCCUUCUAUGCGGCCACACAACAGAAGAGCAGAGAUACACCACAGCAUGGAACCGGAAGGGUUGGCACUCACCCAAACGUUGCUGUUGGGGCGCAAAUCUGCAUGAGGGGGCCAGUAGUCCGCUCCAUCGAAGGGGACCCUACCAGCGCCUGCAAAAUUGCCUUGUGGCCUUACGCAUUGAGCUCCGUUCAGUAUGGGUGUGACUACAAGCUGCCGCACACCCUUGCCAGCUCUACAGAGCGGCUGUGCCUGUUGGGGGCGGGUUGCGGGCGCAGGACUUUGCAAUUGGGCAUGGACAUGCUGCACGCUAAGGCCUUCGUGCAUCACUACGAGAGAUUUGGCGUGGGGUCGGAGGAGAUCCAGAAUGCCCUGGAACAGCUGCAAGAAACUGCAAACGCUUACUUAACCCUCCGUCAUAAUUGA